UUUUUGAAUAUGGAAUACAAUCUAUUAGAAGGAUUAAUAAAUAUGGAAGAAUUGGAUGCUUUGGGCAACUUAGAGGUACUAAGCCUAGGAGGAAAUCAAAUUACUAAAGUUGUGGCCUCAGGAGAUAUGAGAGUCGUCAGGAAUUUGAUUGCUCUUUUCCUUGAUAACGUUACUACCCAUGGAAGAAGCAGCAUUCAGCUGGAAUUACUGGGAGCAUGCCCAUUUCUCAAGACCCUUUCUCUAACGCAUAAUAGCUUCAAAGGAGCGAUAGUUGCUCAAGAGCUGGGUAAUUUGACAAGCGUGGAAGAGUUGUUCCUGGAUUAUUCCUCACUUGAUGAACAGUCUUUUAAGAGCCUUGGAGCGUUGCCUUCUCUUAAAUUUUUGUCUAUGUAUGCCCUCAAUGCUACCCUACCCACUCAAGGGUUGCUGAAUUUCAAAAAUUUGGUGUAUUUGGAUUUGAGUUUUUCCACUCUCCACAACAACUUCUUGAAAGACAUUGGAAAGAUAUCAUCACUUAAGAUUUUAUUAUUGUCGGGAUGUCAACUAAGUGGAACCAUACCUGCUGCCAAAGGUUUAUGCGAGUUAAAACAUCUUCUAAAGUUAGAUAUGAGCAACAAUGAUCUCCGUGGCACAUUGCCUUCGUGUCUAGCAAAUUUAACAUCCCUUCAACAAUUAGAUAUAUCUUCCAAUCACUUCAUUGGAAAUAUCUCCAUAUCUCCCCUGGGGACUCUCACAUCCUUACAUAAAUUACAACUUUCAAGAAACCUAUUCAAAAUUCCAAUCUCACUACUGCCGUUCUUUAACCAUUCAAAGCUCAAGUUCUUGGAUUGUCAUGAGAACGAGAUAUAUGCAGAUAUAGAUGUGCCUAAUUUGACACCGAAAUUUCAAUUAGAGACCUUAGAUUUGUCAGGUCAAGGAGAUGGUGGAGUGUUUCCCAAGUUCCUCUAUUAUCAGCAUAAGUUAGAGUAUGUUGAUCUGUCAGAUAUUAAAAUGAAGGGAGAGUUUCCACAUUGGUUGAUUGGAAACAACACAAAAUUAUACACACUUUACUUGCCUAGUUGUUCUCUUUUAGGGCCUCUCCACUUGCCAAUUCAUUCCCAUGUGUAUUUGUCAGACUUAGAUAUCUCUGAAAACAGCUUCUAUAGUCCUAUUCCAACAGAAAUUGGAGUACAAUUUCCAAAUUUAUAUUUUCUAAACUUGUCUGGAAAUGGUCUCAUUGGUGACAUUCCUUCAUCAUUUGGGAAAAUGAGCCAAUUGAUGAAAUUAUACUUGUCCAACAAUCGACUAUCAGCCAUAAUACCUCAAGACUUGAUUGUUGGAUGUAUUUCAUUAUUUGAUCUCAUUCUUUCAAACAAUAAUUUGCAAGGCCAAAUAUUCCCAAAACAGGCUAAUUGCAAAGAAUUGGAUCGAUUAUUGUUGGAUGGCAAUCAAUUCACUGGAAGUAUCCCAUAUAGCAUACUUAACUGCACCUUGUUGAAUAUGUUGGAUGUGAGUGAUAAUCAUCUCUUUGGUAGCAUUCCUGGUUGGAUAAGGAAUAUGACUUUUCUUCAAGUCUUGGAUCUAUCAGAGAACAAUUUCUCUGGAACCCUACCAUCUAGCUUUGUCCCUCCACAGAUCAGAGAAGUUUAUUUAUCAAAUAAUAGGCUACAAGGACCACUGACAAAUGCAUUUUACAAUUGUUCUGAAUUAAUGACAUUGGAUCUUAGUCACAACUAUUUCACUAGAAGGAUUCCAGAUUGGAUUGGCAAGUUUCCAAAAUUGAGCUAUCUUCUUUUGGGUUAUAAUAAUCUUGUAGGUGAAAUACCAAUUCAGUUGUGCAACUUAGGCCAAUUAAGCUUGGUUGAUCUUUCUAAUAAUAAUCUUUCUGGCCAUGUCCUCCCUUGCAUAACCGCUGCUAGCAAUAAGGUUAGGCAAGAAGAAGUUGGCACAAAUCCGUAUAUGGCUUCAUCUCCAGCUUAUAUGAAACAACCUUUGGAGUUUACAACAAAGAGUAUAUCGUAUUACUUCCGAGGAAGCAUUCUCAAGUACAUAUCAGGGCUCGAUCUGUCCUGCAACAAUUUGACUGGUAAAAUUCCUGCUGAAAUAGGAAAUCUUAGCAUGAUCCAGGUGUUAAACCUGUCCCAUAACAGUUUGACAGGAUUGAUUCCGCAAUCAUUUUCAAACUUGAAGCAAAUUGAGAGCUUGGAUCUGUCCUACAACAAAUUGAAUGGCAAAAUCCCUCAACUCACUCAACUAAAUUGGCUAGCUGUCUUCAGUGUAGCACACAACAAUUUAUCUGGCAAGACACCUGAGAUGGUUGCACAAUUUGCGACAUUCGACAAUAGUAGCUAUGAGGGAAACCCUUUCCUUUGUGGACCUCCAUUGUCUAAAAGUUGCUUUUCUUCAUCAAUAAUGCCAAGAGUUUCAGAGGAAGAUAAAAAAGAUCAUAAAAGAGAUGGUGGCUUUAUGGACAUGGAUGCUUUCUAUGUGAGUUUUCUGAUUUCUUAUGCCAUAGUGUUGUUGACCAUGGCUGCCAUUUUGUACAUAAAUCCAUAUUGGCGAAGAGCAUGGUUCUAUAUGAUAGAGUUGAGCCUCACCAACCUCUACUAUUUUCUGGUAGACAAUAUUCCUUUUUGGUUUAGAUGCUAUUGAAGUCUGGGUCUGCUAUGUACUUUAAAAGCAUUCAACCAUGAUGAGUGAGCUGAGUUUAUGUCCUAGUUUGAGUAAGCUAGGAUUGUUGCAGAAUAAUGAGCUGGAGCUGAUUGCAGAGUAUAAUUUAUUACUUGUUUUUGUCAGUUA